AUGAGUAUCGGUGUUCCUGUAACUAAAUCUUUUAACAAGUUGAAAAAGUACCCAUACGAAAUAAAUAAAUUUGAUAGAAGAGAAACAAAUGAAUAUUUUUAUUUGCCAGUUGAUUGCCCUCGUAUGAAAAAAUGUGAUGAUGCAUAUUGCCCAUUAGCUCAUACAAAAUUAGAGAAAAUAUUUCAUCCAAUAGUUUAUAAAACACAAGCUUGUCAAAUGGCUAAAGAUGGAGCAUGUGACUAUUUUCAAAAAUGCGCUUUUUAUCAUGAUUCAAAUGACAAAAAUGAAGCUCAUCUGAAUUGGACUAUUUGGGAAAAAAAAUGGGACAAAUGGAGGAAUAAUAUCGAUAGCAUUUUAACACAACAUAAUAAAAAUGAUAAAGAAAUUCGAAGAAAAGUAGAAAGUAUAUUAAAAAUUCGUAUGCCGCAUUUUAGUUAUACCACGAAUAAAAAUAACUUAUUUGUGAAUAAAAGUGCAACAUUUCACUCUACAUGGCCUAGCCUCAAUAAUAAUAAUACUGGAAUUCCUAACAUGGAAAGUGUUGACAUAGGAAAUAUGGGGAAUAUUGGACAAACUGGAAGCUCAAACAUUGGAAGUAACAUUAUGGGAAGUGGUAAUAUUGGAAAUAACAACAAAUUGAGCAAUAUAAAUAACCUUUUAUGUAAAUCUAUGAAUUCUGCAUUAUUUCAAUACUCAAGUUCUAUAUUUAAUAAUACAUGGAGUAAAGGAAUAAAGGGGAAUAAAAAACAUAUAAAAAAUAAUAACGAUAAUAAAAAUAGUAAUAUGUGGUGGCUUAAUCAAAUUAAUGACAUUGAAAUUAUGAACUUAGACAAAAAUAUGCAUAACAUAAAUGAAAAUAAUAUAAAUAAAAAUAGCAUUUAUUGUGACGAAACUUUAAGUUAUAAUAGCAACAAUGGAACAGAAUGUGGAGUAAAUUAUGAUAUUUUAGAUAAUAAUGCGUAUAAAAUUGUUGAAUUUUGUUUUACUGAUUAUGACAAUAACAACAAUAGUAACAGUAACAAUAAUACCAAUAGCAAUAAGAACAAAAAUAAAUGGAAAGACACCGCAGAUGCUUCCAACGGACAGUUGGUGAAUUCCUUUUUUUCACAAAGCCCAAAGGGUUUGAGUAAUGAUAUAAAUUAUUUACAAAAUAUCAAUAAUAAUAAUAAUUAUAACAAUCAAAGAAAUAACAUUUUUCAGUGUAUAAAUUAUAAUAAAACAUGCGAAUAUAUACCAAAUAUAUCAGAAGGAAUUGAUGAUAAUAAAAAUAAAAAAUAUAAUACCUUGGAAACUAAUUACAGAGACAAUUUUCUAGCAGAUAUGAAUAAUUCUAAUAAAAAUUUUGAUUUUAUAAAUUCCACCUUUUUUUCAAACAGUUCAAAUGAUAUAACUGGGGUAGAAAACUAUGUAAACUUUCCUACUAUGUUAGAGAUCAUUGAUGAUGAAAAUAAUGCUGUUAGGAAUAAUGCCUUUUCCACUGGUGAUGGAACUACGACUAAUAAUUAUAAUAAUGAAAAUGAUGAUAAUAAAAAUAAUGAAAAUGCGAAUGAUAAUGAUAAUGACUGUAAUGUCAAUAUUCCUAAUACUGCUUCUUAUACUGAUGGAUUUUCUACAUUCUACAAUAAUAAUACUAGCAUUACUAUCGAUAAUAAUAUAAAAGGUUUUAAUAACCUUGAUAAUUGCAAAACUUAUGAUAAUUUUAAUUUUGAUGACACACUUAAAAAUAAUAUAAGCAAUUUAACCUUUUCUGGUGAAGAUAAAGAACAUACAAAAGGGAUGAAAAUUAAAAAAGACGAAGAAAAUACAGGCAGUGGGAAUGUGAAUGGAAGCAUGAAAAACAUAGAAAAGGAGUUAGAAGAAAACAAUGAAACAGAAGACAAGGAAAUAAAAGAGGAUGGAGGAGCCAAUACAGGUAAUAAUAUAGGAUCGGGGAAUAACACCAAAGGUGUAAAUAAGGCUCUGAAAAAAAACAAAAACAAAAAAGGUGCAAUGAAUAAUGCAACUAGUAAUAAUAAUAGCAGUAGCAAUAAUACUGAAUCUGUGUUUCCUAACAAUAUUGGAGACGAGGAAUCUAAAAAUUCAAGCAUAAUAAACAGCAAUGAAGUAAAAACGGAUAUAAAUGAUAAAAAGAAAACCCCUAAAAAGGAAAAUCGAAACACAAAAAAUAUUAAUAGUGAAAAGGACCAAUGUGAAAAAGGUGGAAGCAAAAAGAUUCAAAGCUGCGUUAGCAAAAUUGGAAGCAAUAAUGGUAGUGUAAGUGUGAAUGAAAAUGCCUGCCUAGAAAAUGAAAAAAAUAAAAGUGUAAAAUGUAAAAAUAAUGAAAAUAAUAAAAAAGGUGCAUACUCAAAAAAUGUCAACAUUAAUGGAGAUAAAAAUAUGAGCAAAGCUGGGAAGAAAAAUAGUACUGAGAACUUUGUUAGCAACAACAAUGAUGAUGCUGAUAAGAAGAAUGUGGGAAAAAAUAAAGCAAAAAAUAUUGAGAAAAAUAGAUUUGAUAAUAGGGAUAAUACAGGGUCUAUACAAUUAAAUAGAAGAUAUAGUGACGUUUUAGGAGAAAAUAUAGUAAGCGGAAGCGAAUGGAAUAAUACUAUUAAAGGCUUAGAUAAAAAUAAGGUGAAUGAUAAUUUGAUCAAUAAUAAUGGGAAAGCUGAUAAAAGAAAAACAAAUAACAAUAAUGCAUUUAGUAACAGUAUAAAUAAAAGAGAGUCCGAAAAUGAUAUAAACAAUAAUGAUAGUAUUAUAGUAGAGAAUUCUGGUUUAAGCUUAAUAUAUAACAGCUAUUAUAGCGAAAAGGAGUCCAAAAAGGGAAAAUUAGAAAAUAAAAAAAAAAAUAUAAUCGUCGAUAUCGAAAAUGUGAAUAAUAUAGAAAAGAAUAACAUUAUGGUGAAUGAAAAAAGGGAUAACAACAGUAUUACAGAACGCUGUAAAAACAAUACGGAUAUAUUAUACUCGAAUACGCCAAUCAAUAAUAACCUUUUUAAAUAUGACCAAAACUUAUUGAUAAAUAGAGGUGAUAAUAAAAAUGAAAAUGUAGACAGAAAUAUGAGCAGCCAUAUGAAGGAAUCAUUUUGUGAUUAUACUAGCAAUAAUGAAAACAAAUAUGAUGGAAAUAGCAUUUUAGCAAACAUGGAUAACACAGAAUAUAUUUUCAAUAAUGCCAACAAUAUUGGCAUGAAUAAUAUUAAAAAUAGUAGUGAUAAAAAAUAUAAGGAUAGCAAUUAUAUAAAUAGCAAAGAUGACUUGUUUGUUUUAAAAACAAUAGAGUAUAAUAAAACGAAUAAUGAAACAAUUGAAGAUAAUAAUAGAGGUGUUUAUAACAAUUAUAUAAUAAAUGACGUUGAUAGUUCCAUAAAUGUAGAAAAUAAAUCAGCGCAUCUUGAAAAUAUUAAUACUGAUUCUCCGCAUAUAAAAGAGAAUAUAAAUAAUGUAAUGGACAAUAUCAGCACCAAUAAUAGUGAGAGAAUAAAUGAUACAUUAAAUGAUGUGUUAAACGGGGCAUUAGACAAAACUAUGGAUAGUAUUUUUAAAAUUGAUACAGCAGCUGGUGAUACAUAUAAUGAGUUGUUUAAUACGUUAGGAAGUAAUAGUAAUAACAGUGGGCAUAACAACGCACAAAAUGACGAAAUUAAGGAAAGUACUGCGAAUAAUGGACAAACUAACGAAUCAUGCGACUACAUAAAUAAUUUAUUAAAUAUAUUUUUAUCAUGUAAUAGCAUAAAUGAAAACUUUGAUAUAACAAAUCCAGUUAACACCAAUUUUUAUGAGCAUAAUAAAAGCGAUACAGUAACAUUUAAUAGUAGUGAUAAAUAUACAGCAGAAAAAUAUGGAGAGCUUAAUAACUCUUCGAAUUAUUUCAAUCUUUUUGGAAAUUAUAAUUUGUAUGGAAGCACUUGCUUGCAAUGUAAACAUUAUAAAAAUGAAAUUAAAAAUUUAAUAUAUCAAAUAAAAGUUUUAAGGGAAGAAAUUAUUAAAUAUAAACAAACUAUUAUUACAUAUGGAAUAAAUGUAAAUAAAGACAAUACGAUUAAUCCUUGUAAUUAUAAAUGGGAUAAUUCAAAAAAAUUUAAUAGUAUAUAUGAAAAAAAUUAUAUAUCUUCGGUUGAAGCAAACGACUAA